AUGCAAAGAAGAUAUUCUGAACUAGAUCCUGAAGAUAUGGAUAUCAAUUCACGUUCAAACUCGAAUUCAAGCUCGAAUUCCUUACAUAACAACGCAAUGACUACUCUUAUGCAAGAAUCAUCAACUAAAAUGCAAUUUAAAAACCAACAUCGGUUUAAUAAUCCCUGGGGGAACGGCUCAAACAACAAUAAUGAUACUUUUGAUUAUUUAGGUAGUCGAAAGGAAUUUGACUCUAUGGAGCAUCAUGUUUCUAUUAUGGAACCUGAGGAGCUGACUGGUAAUAAUAGUGUUGGUAGCAUCACUUGUAGUGAUAUCAAUAAUGAACAAUAUAAAAGAAGAAAAUCAAGUGUUAUUAUCCCACCAACAAGGGAGGCAGGACCAAACUUGUAUCAACACCUGAUGAAUAAAAAUUGGCAAGCUACUUCAAAUAAUAAUGGUAAUAAUAAUAAUUUAAAUAUGAAUAAUAAUUUGUUUCAAAACAUGCAACCUAAUUCCACCACAACAUCUAAUGUUAAUAUAAGUUUGAAUAUGAAUACAAAUAUGAAUUUCCAUAUGCAAAAUCCCGAUGUGAAUUCGAGAUUCUUAGCUAAUGAAGACUCAUUUAGACGGCAAAGUUUGGCAACUUUUAACUAUAAUCCACAACAUACUGCCACGAAUCUGCAUUCUCAUUAUAAUCCUAAUAUGGUUAAUAGUGCAAAUCCAACUAAUAAUAAUGUAUUAUUAAGAAAUCCAUCGACAAAUUCGACGACAACGUCUCCAUAUAGGAGAAUGAGUACUUUCCCUCAAAAUAUUAACCCUUUAGCCUCAUUUAAUAACCAAGUGCUGAAAGAUGAAAAUCAAUUACAUUUACUACAACAAUCUCAAUCUCAAUCUCAGCAACCUAUAAUUAUUCCUCAUAUGACUAAAUGUACAAAUAAAAGUGAUUUACAGCCAAUAAUAAAUGAUCAGCCGGAGUAUCGAAGAGCUUCUACUUUUACUAAUAAUGUUUCACCAUUAAAAUCGUUAACUACAAGACUUAUCACCACUUAUUCUUUAUGUUCCAAAGAUUUUAUUUAUAAAACUUCAAGAAACCCUAAAAGAGUAUUAACAAAGCCCUGCGAGCCUGUCGAAAACGAUGGAUAUGAUAACGUUAAUAGUGAUUAUAUCCUUUAUGUCAAUGAUAUAUUGGGUGGUGAACAAGCAAGAAAAUAUAUUGUUUUAGAUAUCUUGGGUCAAGGAACAUUUGGACAAGUAGCUAAAUGUCAGAAUAUUGAUACAAAGGAAAUUGCUGCCAUCAAGUUAAUUAAAUCUAAGCCUGAAUAUUUAAAUCAAAGUAUUGUGGAAGUUAAUUUUCUAAAGUUUAUUAAUAAUAAAUUAGACAUUAACGAUGAACAUCAUUUUCUAAGGUUAAAAGAUACUUUUCUCCAUAAAAGACAUUUAUGCUUAGUUUUUGAAUUGUUGUACAAAAAUUUAUAUGAGUUAUUGAAACAAAAUAAUUUCCAUGGUUUAAAUACUAACAUUAUAAGAAAUUUAACAUCACAAUUAUUGGAUUCAUUAUGUAUUUUGAAAAAUAACAAAAUUAUUCAUUGUGAUUUGAAACCAGAAAAUAUAUUAUUAACUUCCAAUUCAAAUACUGAUAUUAAAAUUAUUGAUUUUGGAUCUUCUUGUUACGAAACUCAAACAAUGUUUUCUUAUAUACAAUCAAGAUUUUAUAGAUCUCCGGAAGUCAUAAUGGGUAUACCUUAUUCAUGUAGUAUCGAUAUGUGGUCUUUAGGUUGCAUUAUUGCAGAAUGCUUUCUUGGAAUACCGAUUUUUCCAGGUCAAUCCGAAUUUAACCAAUUAAUUAGAAUAAUCGAUUCAAUAGGUUACCCUCCAAAUUGGAUGAUUGAAAUGGGCAAAAAUUCUAAAAAAUAUUUUAAGUUAAAUAAUUCAAAUGAAUAUCGUUUGAAAACAAUCGAGGAAUAUAAUGAGGAGUAUUCAACAAAUGAAUUACCCACAAAACAAUACAUCAAAUGGAUUAAACUAGAAGAUAUAAUUCUAAAUUCUAAAUAUCCCAGAGAGAUUAGAAACUCUCCUCAGUUAAUUGAAAAAGAAAAUAUUGAAAGAAAAUGUUUAUUGCAUUUCUUAAAAGGGAUAUUAAAUUUAAAUCCAAUAGAAAGAUGGACACCACAACAAGCUUCAAAGCAUCCCUUCAUUACAAAACAACCAUUCUCAGGCGACUGGUAUCCUCCAGGGUUUGUACCAACAAAUUCAGACUUUAGUUACCUUGACAAUACUCAUGACGAACACGCUUCAGAUACUGAUAUUCAUCUACAACGUAAUUCUAAUGAUAAUGAUAAAAUAAAUAUUAAUAAAAAUUUAAAUACCAUAAUAAAUGAUAAGCCUAUCACUACUGCAUUCCCCAAUCAUAAUUAUACUAGUUCCUGUACAGUUAGAAACAGUUCGAAUUCUUCACACAAUAUUCAUAAUAAUGAACUUAAUAACGAAUUCAGUACCAUGUCAUCACCAUUAUCUGAAGUAGCUACAAAUGUAGAUAGUAAAAAUGGUAGUUCUAGGGAAGAUGAUGUUGUUGUUGAUGAUGAUGAUAAUGAUGAUGAUGAUGAUGAUAAUGAUGAUGAUGAUGAUGAUGAUGAUGAUGAUGAUGAUGAUGAUAAUGAUGAUGAUGAUGAUGAGUUUCAUGGAUUAGAAAAUGAAACGACAAAAGAAUUUGACAAACUAAGCAUGGAUGGCUAA